UCUUCUGUUGAAGAUCGAACACAAUGGAGGCGGAGCGGGCGGGAGGCGGAGAAGCAAAAGAAGGGGAAGAUCCAAGCACUCCCAAACCCUCGCUCUUUCCUCUCUUCCCCCUCCCAUCGAACUCUUCUCCUUCCGAUCCGCCCUUCUCCAGUGGUUCCCAGUGGCUCGCCAACACCAGCUUCACCUUCGACGUCUCCUCCCUUGUCGGAAGCGGUGCCGGGGAUGCUCUUCGCGAGGAGCCGGCAAACCUGGACUCGGACGAUGAGGUCCCCGCAGCCGCGCGGCCUCCUCCGCCAUCCUACGACCUCGUGCCGUCCUCGCCGUCGGUCACUUCCUCGGAGGACGAGCGGCGCUCGAAGCGCAAGGCGAGGAGGAAGAAGAGGAAGAGGGAAAGAGAGGGGGUAGGUGAUGGUGCUCCGAGGAAGUCAGCGGUUCGAUCGUGGUCUGGAUCGGUCAUGAAGCCCGUAAAGGAUUACUAUUUCGAUGCUGAUGGUGACAAGGACAAUUUGGCUUUUGGAUCCCUUUACAGAAUGGACAUCGCUCGAUAUAAGACUCAGAAUUAUGGUGAAUCCACUGGGACUAACUUUUGGGCAUUAUAUCACUUGAGAACUUCAGCUCUGGAUAUGAAUAAUGAGGGAGAUAAUGAUGCUCUAGGCAACAAGCAAAAAUCACAAGGCCGAUAUUAUUCAGCCAAAUUUACUAUGAUCGAAAGGAAUAAGGCUUUUAGGAAUAUUAAGUUUGUCAAUAAGAUAUCUUCAGUGAUGCCUGAAGAUUUUCUUCCUCUGCCAGAAUCUCAUUCUUCCGCUGAAAAUGGUCCUUCUGUAAAUAAUGAGCUUGAGGAGUCUUGGGAAGAUGAAAUGAUUCGAAAAACAAGAGAGUUCAACAGAAUCUCCAGGGAUCGUCCUAAUGAUGAAAAAGUUUGGCUAUCCUUUGCUGAGUUUCAGGAUAAGGUUGCAAGCACUCUAACUAAAAAGGCAGCUCGAUUGCAGAUGCUCGAAAAGAAAGUUAGCAUACUGGAGAAAGCAGUGGAGUUUAAUCCAAAUAGUGAGGAACUAUUACUUUGUCUUUUGAAGACUUAUCUAAAUAGGGAUACCAUUGAUAUCGCCAUGGAAAAAUGGGAGAAAAUACUCAUCCAGCAUUCUGACAGUUGUAAAUUGUGGAAAGAAUUUCUACUUUUCUGUCAAGGAGACUUUUCUCAAUUUAAGGUUUCUAAAAUAAGGAAAUCUUAUGCUCAUGCAAUCCAAGCUUUAUCUGCAGCCCUUGACAAACAACGUAGGCAGGGAUCUGCAAGUUUACAGUCAGUUGAUUCUUCUUUUGUUCAACUAGAACUUGGUCUGGUUGAUAUUUUUCUAAGCUACUGUAGGUUUGAGUGGCAAGUAGGUUACCAGGAAUUAGCGACUGGUUUAUUUCAAGCUGAAAUGGAAUACAGCUUGUUUUGCCCAUCCUUGGUUCUCAGUUCAAAUAGUAAGCAAAGACUCUUUGAACACUUUUGGAAAAGCAAUGCUGCCAGAGUUGGCGAAGAUGGUGCAUUGGGUUGGUCAUCCUGGCUUGAAAAAGAUGAACAGACUAGGCAGAACAUUAUGGGGGAGGAUACUACCGCUCAGAAUGAAGCUGGAGGCUGGACUGGUUGGUUUGAACUUUCAUCAAAACAUAAUACCACAAGCAGAGAACCAGAAAUAUCAGCAGAUCCAGAUGUAGAUGAUACAGCAGCCGAAAUGAACCUUGACUUUGAAGAGAACCUUGACUCUGAAGAGAUUCCUCCAGCAGAUGAUGUUGAAACAUUGCUAAAAAAACUUGGGAUCGACAUAGAUGCUGAGCCAAAUAAUGAGGUCAAAGACUCAGAAACUUGGAAUAGAUGGUCAAAGGAGGAGUUGAUAAGGGAUGAUGAGCAGUGGAUGCCUGUUCAUGAAAAUCCUGAUGAAACUGGAAUGGUGGCUUCCCCUCAUUCUAACGAUAAUUCAGGCAAGGAUGAUGGUGAACAACUUUCAAGAGUUAUCCUCUUUGAAGAUGUCUGUGAUUACCUAUUCUCUUUGUCCUCAAAGGAGGCACAUCUGUCCUUAGUGUGCCAAUUCAUUGAUUUCUACGGAGGCAAGAUUUCUCAAUGGACAAACACUAACAAAUCAACCUGGAUCGAGCGAAUUCUCAGCUUAGAGGCAGUACCACAUGCUAUUUUAGAUGAUCUGAGGAUUAUUUUUCAACUGGUAAAUAAGCAACAAGAUUCAAGUCAUUUCAUGUUGGAGACUCUCUUAAGCCACACAAGUACCUCAUCAAAAACUAACAUGAUGAAGUUCCUUCGAAAUGCAAUAUUACUUUGUCUUGAUGUUCUUCCACGAAAUCAUAUGUUACAAGAAGCACUGCUUUUUGCUGAAGAGUUCUUCAGGUCCAACAUGAACUCUUCUACUCGUUCAAUCAAUCCAUCACGAGCUCUAGCCAAAAGCUUAUUGAAGAAAGAUCGACAGGACUUGCUACUUUGUGGUGUCUAUGCACAAACUGAAGCUAAGUAUGGGAAUAUGGAUAUGGCAAGGAAAAUAUUUGACAUGGCAUUGUUGUCUAUGGAUGCGUUGCCUAUGGAUCUUCAGGAAAAUAUUCCGCUUCUGUACUUCUGGUAUGCAGACAUGGAAAUAGCUAGGUCCACUUCUAAUAGCAAUUCUGAGUUAUCCUCUCAGCGUGCUAUUCAUAUUUUGUCUUGCUUAGGAGGCAAUGUCAAGUAUACUCCUUUUAGUAGUCAACCAUCUCCGGUUCAAAUCUUGAGAGCACGUCAAGGAUUCAAAGAACUGAUUAAAAGCCUACGACCUGUGUGUGCUCGUGGUUCUAUAGGGGAACAAUCACUUGCUAUUAUUUGUGCAGCUUCUUUGUUUGAGAUUUUAACCAAUGAUUGGUUCACUGGCAUUCAAGUUAUAGAGGAAGCCUUCUCAAUGGUACUUCCAGAAAGAAGAAGCCAGAGCUUGCAACUUGAAUGUCUGUGGGUUUAUUAUAUUAAAAUGCUUGAACGGCAUAAGCAAUUGAAUUUCUCACGGGUGUGGAAGACGACAACACAAGGAUAUCAAACAUAUCCUUAUAAUCCAAAAUCUUUUAGAGCCAUACUACAAGUGAGCUACCUCUAUAAUGUGUCCAGCAAAGUAAGACGGAUAUUUGAUGAAUGUUGUCAAAGGUAUCCAUCUGUGAUUAUGUGUCUUUUUGCGCUGGCGUUUGAAAUUGGUGCGGCCGGUUCAUAUCACAGAAUCCAUAGUCUUUUUGAGAGAGCACUAGCUAAUGAAAAAUUACAGAAGUCUGUGCUAUUAUGGCGAUGCUACUUGGAGUAUGAAGCAAAUAUAGCACAUAACCUGUCAGCAGCAAGACGAAUUUUCUUUAGAGCUAUUCAUGCAUGUCCUUGGUCAAAAAGGUUAUGGCUGGAUGGAUUUCAGAAACUAAGCAACGUCUUGUCCGCAAAGGAGUUAUCUGAUCUCCAAGAAGUCAUGCGCGAUAAGGAGCUGAACCUGAGAACUGAUAUUUAUGAAAUCCUCUUGCAAGAUGAGAUGCCUUCAUGAUGAUGUCAUUUUUGCCACCACAAUGGCUGAAGAAGCUUUCUAGCAUUCUUCUUCUACUUCUGUGACAAUAGACCUGUAGAAAGUUUCCACCUCCAUGGAACAAUGGCCAUUAUACGAUUGGAUGCCGAGUGUGACUUGUUUAACCUGCGACUGGCACUUAAAUCUCUGCUCCCUUAGGUCUGCUGUUAAUCUGAUCGAUUGGUUUUUCAUGUGCACGAUUCACUUACUGUAAAUUAUCUGAGCAAUAUUGGAUAAAAGGUGUAGAUUUUACAAAAAUUUACAAGUUUUCUAAUCCUGUAAAAUUGUUUUCGAUGCCUCUAAUAGUUGUAGCAAGCUAGUUAUGUUGGCUUAUAUGAAAACUGGAUAAACCACUGUUACAAAAGAGUAUCAUAACUCUCUUGUUUUAAUCACCUCGCUUUGUUUCUUAUUAUAAACUUUUAA